CACUCUGUUCCGGAUACACGUGAUUUCUUCCGCCUGCGCUCACAGCAGCUUGCCUUUGCUUUUCACUAGUGUUUUGGGGUCUUGUAUUGAUAUUGUACCCCGUCUUUAUUCCGGUGAAAUGAGAGAAUACGUUAACGUAUACGUUUAGUUUGAUGAUAGCCACGUUAGCUCGUGGAAACCAGCGCGUGGCCGGAACCAUGGAUGCAGACGGUAGGGACUUCCUCAACUCUCCUCCGGCCAAGACGGUCCGGUUUGGGGGGUGCGUAGCGGAGACUCUGGAGAAAGCCAGACACGGGGACACAAAUGACUACGAGCUGCUGAAGCAUCAGCUGGUGGAUCCUGAAAUCAAGGAUGCUCAGCUCAUCAGCUGGCUGCAGGAGUUUCGGAGCUGUGUGACUCAGUUGACAAAGGACCAUGAGCAGCUGGUUUACACGAUUCUGAGGGUUCCGUGGGCCGACCGCUGUCAGGCUGUGGUGGAUGAGUACUUGGCCUUCCUGGGUAACCUGGUGUCCGCUCAGACCGUCUUCCUGUGUGCCUGCCUGAAAAUGGCGGUCUCCCUCUUCACUCCCAAGAGAGUGACCAUUCACGAGGGUGGAGUGGACAUCUCUGAUUCGGAUGAUGAAGAUGAGGACCUCCCCAGAAGCUUCGACCGGAGUCACCAGGCGCUGCAGCUCAUCGUCAGAUAUGUGCCCUCGACGAGCCGCUUUCUUGUCCCCAUCCUACAAGACAACUUCCCCUUCGUACAGAAGUCCUCCAGGACUCUGGAGUGCUACGUUCACAACCUCCUGCGGGUGACGGUGUACCUGCCGUCCAUCCGUAGAGACGUGCUGGAGCUGGUUGUAGGAAAGCUGCUCAAACUGGACGUGAGUACAUCUCGAGCAGAGAUGGAGGAUGCGGAGGAGCACGCUCAGAAGGAGGAGGUUCAGGAGCAGCUGGAGGAGGGACUCUUUGACAUGGACGAGGACAUGUCAGCUGACCGGCCAGCCAGGACGAGUGUGAUGGUCCACCCCGUGGCUGAGAGGCUGGACGUGCUCAUGGUGGUUCUCAUGGCCUACAUCAAAGAUGUCUGCCAUGUUGACGGUUUGCUGCAUGUGGAGAGAACAAAGGAGCUGUUUAAGGACUUGCUGGUUGUGUUUGAGAAGCUCAUCCUGCCCACACACGCCUCCUCUCAUGUCCAGUACAUACUGUUUUAUCUCUGCAGCUUCAGACUGGCCCUGGCAGAGGCCUUCCUGGAUUACCUGUGGAAGAUCCUGCAGAACCCGUCUUGGCCCGCUGUCCUGCGUCAGACUGCUGCUGGGUACCUGGGAAGUUUUCUGGCUCGAGCCAAGUUUGUUCCUGUGCUAACUCUGAGGGCCUGUCUGGACCUGCUGCUCUCCUGGAUUCAUCGCUACAUAGACAGCCAGGACAACGGCAGCAGGCAGGUGUGUUGUGACAUCAGCCUGCAUGGGCCCUUCUACGCUGCCUGUCAGGCUGUCUUCUACACUCUCAUCUUCAGACACAGAGCCAUUCUGGAGGCAAACAUGAAAAAAGGUCUGGAGUACCUGCAGGGUCUGAACCUGGAGCGGGUGGUGAUGUGUCAGCUGAACCCCCUCAAAGUCUGCCUACCUUCAGUUACCACCAUGUUUGCUGCCUUCACCAGGAAGUAUCAGGUGGUGUUCUGCUACACCAUCAUAGAGAGGAACAACAGACAGGUGCUGCCAGUGGUCCGCAGCUCCGCCGGAGGAGAUGGAGUAAGCACCAACAUCAACCCUCUGGACAGCUUCUUCCCCUUUGACCCCUACUUGCUCAAGAGAUCAGGUCAGCUGAUCGAGCCUCUCUAUCAGGUCUGGGAGGAACCUUCAGACACAGACGUGCUUCCAAACAAACUGGACCAACAGGUCGUGAAGGAGGAUGAGGACGACUUCCUGGGUGGGGAGACGCCGCACACAGAGGGCAUUCUGGGAGUGACCCCCAGCUCGUUUGGUUCAAAUAUCUGCAGCGUGGGCUCACCCCCCUUCUCUCACCAGCAGCAGUUUUAGAUGUGGACCGUCCGGUCCUGAUGCAGAACUCUGGUUUUAUCAGAAGCCCCGCGGUCCUACAGCCUCUAGCCCAACAGAUGACGGAAAGAACAACAUAUUUAUUGUACAUUUGAACUUUUAAUUGAACUGUUAUUAGCCGAGUCACAACAGUGCCGCGACAGAACUAACUACGUCAUCAAGUCCUGGUCGCUUUAGAGGUUAAAAUCAACCUUUGUUUUCACAGAUCCCCAGAGAAAGCUGAGCUAGUAACUUGUGUUGCAGGUUUGAGAUUAAAACCCUGAAGUCUA